AUGGCAAAAGUAUCAGCUUCUGAGGGUUUGACCCCGCAAGCCAUGGACAUGGGUGAAAGUGGUGAUAGGGAGAGUUCACAUGUAGGGGUACGGUUGAAAAAAGAGUUAAGUUUAAUGAACGGUGUCGCGAUUAUUGUGGGAGUCAUCGUGGGGUCUGGCAUCUUCGUGUCCCCCAGUCUGGCCUUGAAAUACGCGGGCUCAAAAGGCAUGGCACUCAUAGUGUGGGUCCUGUCCGGAUUCCUUUCAAUGAUAGGAGCAUUAUGUUAUGCCGAAUUGGGUACAAUGAUUCCAAAAUCAGGGGGAGAUUACGCAUACAUCGGGGAGGCGUUUGGAGAUCUUCCAGCAUUCCUCUACUUAUGGGUGGCACUGUUUAUCCUAGUGCCGACUGGCAACGCCAUCACAGCACUCACCUUUGCUCAGAACAUACUUAAGCCUUUAUGGCCAGUUUGCGAACCACCUGCAGAUGCUGUGAGCUUGAUCGCUGCUGUUAUUACAUGUUUCUUGACUGCGCUUAAUUGUUUUAACGUGAAAUGGGUUACACGGAUACAAGAUUCAUUUACAGCAGCGAAGAUAUUAGCGUUGCUCGUAACAUUCUUCGCCAGCUUAUGGUACUUAUUCUCUGGACACACCGAGAACCUUGAAUCCAUGAUGGAGGGAACAAUUACUGAACCAGGAAAUAUUGCUAUAGCAUUUUAUACUGGAUUGUUCUCGUAUUCUGGUUGGAACUAUUUAAAUUUUGUCACAGAGGAACUUAAAGAUCCUUACAAAAAUCUCCCUCGCGCCAUCUGCAUUUCAAUGCCCGUGGUGACACUUGUCUACGCAUUAACCAACGUAGCAUAUUUCGCAGUACUUACAAAUACUGAGAUACUCUCCUCAGAGGCGGUGGCUGUGACUUUUAGUGAAAAGAUACUCAGUGUAGUAUCCUGGAUCAUGCCUCUCUUCGUUGCACUUUGUACAUUCGGUUCCCUCAAUGGAGCAAUCUAUGCUUCAUCCAGGUUAUUCUUCGUUGGAGCCAGGAACGGACAUUUGCCUUUAGCCAUUUCUCUAAUUGACAUAAAACGUCUUACACCAGUGCCUUCUCUUAUUUUUAUGUGUAUCGUGACACUAGUACUCUUGAUGUCAAACAACGUUGAAUCUCUCAUUGUGUACGUGACAGCGGUGGAAGCGUUGUUCAUAUUAUGCUCAGUGUCUGGACUCCUAUGGUUGCGGUACACCCGCGCCGACCUUCAACGACCGAUCCGCGUUAACAUCUUGUUACCAAUAACAUUCCUUAUUAUUUGCACAUUCCUCGUAGUAUUUUCGUGUUUCACUCACCCUAUGGAGGUCGGAAUUGGUAUCGCGUUCAUAGCUCUCGGCGUUCCAGUGUUUUGCGUCUUCAUUAUGUGGAAAAAUAAACCGUACUGGAUGCAAAACGCGUGCAACAGUUUUAACGUUUUCUGCUCAAAAAUGUUCGUUUGUCUACCAGAAGACUCGAAAGAUUUAUGAUUGAUACUUUUUGUUAUGAUCUGACAUGCUUUUGCAUUUAACGCUAUUAAUGAGUGUGUGCUUUAAGUUUAUGUAUUUAAGUUUUGAUCUGUUUAGUCAAUUAUCAUAAGCUUGAAUGAUUCCUGUUAAAUUUAAAUUAAGUUUAUAUUAAACUUUAAAAUUAUAAUAAAAUUAUUAUACACA